ACCCUCCUGCCAACUUAACUCAGCCUGCAGUUGAGUCAGUUGCUGCCAGUCCAUCAUUUUACACCUUUUAAAUUCGACAAUUCUAUAAUUCUUAUUUCCCAAAAUGCUUCAAAAUGUACUUGAUACCUUGGGUGGAAUUAUAUCGAAAAAUAACUUGAAUUUAAAAGCAGUCGGGGAAAAAAAUCGAGGCACUGUCGAAAGUAACAACAGCAUUUCUCUGAAUUGCUCCAACUGCGCGUUGCAUCUGAUUGGCAACUCCAAUUUAAAAAUCAACUCGACAAACUCUGCCCUUGACAUGACCUCCGUUGCAAAUGGGAGUGUAACGGGUGACACAAAUACUUUGGUCGGCGCUGCGAAUAACAACCUACAAUUUGAAGGGAACUGUAAUAACUCCAUUCUGAACGGGAACAACAAUUUGAAACAUUACUGUAACAAAAGCAUUACCAAUUUUGAGGGGAACAGUAACGCCAAAAUAUCCGGAUCUGGGAACGAUGUUUUUGCCAAGGACAAUACAAACUUAAAAAUUGAGGGUGACAAUAACAAGAUUUAUGUGGAAGGGAAAGCAAAUCAUGUUUUAUCAAGAGGAAAAAACAUUUUCAAAGUUACCAACAUGGUGGAAGCAAGGCCACGGGGAUUUUUUGCCUCACUUAUUCGUGGGAGCUCCAGGACAGGGAAUUCCAUCAGUUAUUCCGUCUCUUCAGAAGGGGACACUAAAAUUGUGGGGGAAGAUUAUACCCUAGGAAUUUUUAAUUUUAAGCGGAUCCUGGGUCAAGGAGUGGUUGAUGUUGCGAUGAAUGAGACAGGAUUGGAUCCAGGAUCGAUAAAAAUUAUAGAACAGGAUGGAAAACAAGUCAUAAUUUCAGGAACGAAAGAUUCGAUUAAGCAACAAUUUACGCUCAUUGGACCAAGCGUGACUCGAUUGCGGGAGGGGCAAAAUGAAAUUGGAUUUCGUAUAAAUUUGUCAUCACCACCGGGAUUGUAAUUUGUAAUAGAUGGAUUAAAUACACUAAUUUAUGCUAAUCUUUCAUUUUCAGUUUUUCGAGUGCAUUCCACUUGCUCUGUGCAAAAUAGCAUUUUAAUCUUAACAUAUAAAAUGUGCUAAUCUCGAGAUGAUCAUAAAGCCUACAAAGCUCUAAGAAUAUGAAUAAAUCCUUUGUAAUAAAUUUAAA